CAGCGAUUCUACAGCGAAGGAAUCUCAAUAGCCAUCCCCACCCAGACAUUUAUACUGAAUGCCAAAUGAGACUUGCGAUGAUUCUUUUAUUUCAAUGUACGUAUUCGAAAUGGACGGACGUGUGAAAUCGCUUUUUCUUCUUUUACUUUGCUUAUCAAUACACGCGAAGGAUAUAAAUUUGAUUAGGGAAAAGAGAAUCGUUGGCGGUAUCGCAGCCGCUCCACCUCCCGAAGACGAUCCCGUAGUUUUUGUAAAUAAAAACGAUCGAUAUGCACGAAUAAUCGGCAGCCGCGAUCCCGACAAAGGAUUUUACACUUUUCGUGGAAUCCGGUUUGGACAACCGCCAACGGGUCGAGAUAGAUUCCAGCGAGCUACGCCCGUGCAUCUCGAAGGAGAAUACAACGCCACUACUUGGGGACCUGCUUGCCCUCAGCCGAGCCACGACGGAUCCGACAAAAUCGUCGGAAGCGAGGAUUGUCUUUUCCUGAACGUGUUCACGCCGUCGCUUCCAGACAAUAGCGACGGCUAUCCCGUGCUGAUAUGGAUUCACGGAGGCGGUUUCAGAAGAGGUGCAGCGUGUCAAUACGAAAUGAGACAUCUAAUAAAAAAGAAACUGAUCGUCGUGUCCAUUCAAUACAGAUUAGGCACGCUAGGAUUUUUAAGCACAGGUACGCCGGAAAUGCCAGGAAACAACGGUAUGUUCGACAUGGUACUGGCCGUCGAUUGGGUAAAGGAUUACAUACGCUUCUUCGGCGGUAAUCCGAGUAGAAUAGUAGCCUUUGGCCAUGGCACUGGCGCCAGUUCCGCUAUGAUGCUGUCCUUGUCAAAAUUCUGCGAAAACAGCUUCAGUGGUUUAAUCGCUAUGUCCGGCUCGAUCUUAUCUCAUUUCGCCGUCGACAAGGAUCCUGCCGAAACCGCCAGAUAUGUUGCGCGCAAAAACGGAUGUCCGACAAACGAUACUCGAAAAAUGGUAUACUGUUUGCGAGAAUUGUCAGUGAAAAAUUUAAUAAAAGUCGACUCCGAAUUGGAGAACAUUCGUUCAGCCGCCCGAGGUUUCGUCUCUGCUUUAGCUAACUUGCUCGCACCCGGUCCUGUUGUGGAAGGCGCCGACGAUGGGAGAUCGCUCCCGAAUUUUAUGACUGCAUCGCCAGAGAAUUCCUUGAAGCUCGGCGAUAUCCCGUCUAUACCAUUGUUAACCGGAGUUAUGAAUGACGAAACGGGAGGCGCCAUCUCCGGCCGAUACAAGGACGAAGUGCAGAACAAAUUGAAUGCAGAUCCAAAUUUUUUGAUCAAUGAUUUCAUACCGUAUUUGCAAGGAACCAUCCCAAACAUGCAAAACGGAUCGCGGAUUAUCCCGCAGGCUUUCAGUGACUAUUUCGAUUACACAGGCUUACGCACGCAAAGUAGAGUCGCGGAAGCUUUAGCCGAUUCACUCUACAACGCUCCUGCACUUUUGACCGUCGACCAUUGGUCGAAAAAGGCAAACGCAUUUUUAUAUACCUUUGAUCAUAAAGGAAAGAGAAAUUACGGUAAAGAUUUCCUCGCCGGAUUGCCGAUCGUUAACGCUAUACAAUCUCCUGACGGUAAUUUGUAUCACGGCGAUGAUUUAGGAUUCGUCUUUAAUCGAAAUACAAUUACCGGCGAAAAAGUGGCCGACAGUGAUAAACCAGACGAAUCGGAUGAACGUGUGACUGAGACUUUCACAAACAUGAUAGCAAAUUUUGCAAGGAGCGGCACGCUUAGCGCGCCUACUGGAAAUAUACGUUCCAAUAACACUUCCAAUAGCACUUGGAUGCCAGACAUAAUUCCACAAUUCUCGGAUGACACAAAUUCAUUUGUCAGUAUUACAACGACUCUGCAAAGCAAAACUAAUUUUAGAUACUGCGAAAUGGGAUUGUGGACUGUUGCGCCGGAACGAUUUGAAUCAGCUUUGUGUAGCGUAAGUAAUGUGCUUCCCCAAUUAAUAGACCAAGGCACCAAAGGAACAGCAUCUGUAAUUAAUAAACCCAUCAACGCGCUCAAUGAGCUCAUCCCAGAAGUCAAAGAAGCGAAUGUAGAAAAUAAAACGCAACCAACAAAACCAAACGGCGGAAUAUUACCAAAAGUACCGCGAAUACCAUUUGCUGGUUAAAUUCUUAUUCUUCGUACAUUUACUUUAUACCACGGUGUAAGAAUAUAAGGUGAUUUCACGACCAUUGUAUUCUAUCAAAAAAUCUGUGAUCAAGAUGUCAUAGUUAAGGCAUGUCACACAAGAUGUCACGUUGGUGCAAAAUCCCAAGUAAAAAAGAAUAGAAGAUAUGGAUCAUAGAUAUAUUACAUAUAGAUAGAGCUUUGUGAAUCUUACUGCCUGCCAAGAUAAAAUUAUCUUUUCCUCCCUCGCGCAUGUGCAAUCGCGCAUUUAUCUUCUGUUUAUCCAUGACAGCCAAGGAUAUAACCCUAAUUUUAUGUAAAAGUGCUGUAUCCGCCGAGAUAAAUAUACGAAUGCGUAUGCGCGAAGGAGGAAAAUCCGUCAUUAUCUUGGCAGGUGUUGCACUAUAGCAAAAAUGGUACAAAGCUCUAUCUAUAUGUAAUAUAUCUAUGAUAUGGAUAGAUGUGGAUAGAAAAA